CCGUAGGACGUCACAUUGCGAUCCACACUGCAGAGACAGCGUCCCUGUUUCAUACACUUCGCUCAUUGAAGUCAUUCGUGUCCGUUACACACUCGAAAGAGCAACACUUCAACUGUGUGUGUCUUUUACGAGCAGGACGUUGAAGCCAGCCAGGUUUACGUGUGUAACGAAUGAGCUAACAGACCGUGUUAGCCCCCCAUGUAGCGUCACGGUAAGCCUUCCCCCCAGCAUGAUGACCCAUUCUGACUACGACUCUGACGGAUACGCGUCUAAUGAGGACGCAGACUACGUCCCAUCAGACGAUGACCUCAGCGAGGACGACAUUAAUGAGUGUGAAAGGGAAGAGCCUCUGCACGAGGGCGACGGUGUGCCGCAUCCCGGCGAUGUCAGCAAGAAGAAGAGGAAGAAAAAGGACAUCGGCGUGAGGAAGAGGAAGAAAGGAGUCCUGAAAGUGGACGAGGAAGAGGGGGACGGAGGUGGAGCAGAAGUGGAGGAGGUGCAGCCGCUGCAGGAAGAGUGGGGGAAAGUCCCCGCGGUGCGGGAGGAAGACGAGGUGCGGCAGAAGAAAAAGUCCGACGACCUCUGGGCCAGUUUCCUGUCCGACGUCGGGUCCAGACCCAAAGAGGACACGCCCGCCUCGGAGUCUAGGACUGCGCAGAAGGAGGAUUCCGCAGAGUUGACGGUGUCUCCGUUGAGCACAGAAAGAAAAGCACCGGAACCGGCGACGGUCACCAUCACUAAAGUGUUUGACUUCGCUGGGGAAGAAGUUAGGGUGAAUAAAGUGGUAUCGGCAGACUCCAAGGAAGCUAAGAUCUAUCUGAAUAGCCAGAACACCAAACAGGAGGAGAGUGGAGACGAGGAGGAGGCCCUAUCACCGGGGCAACCAGGCACCAGUGCCAAGCGGACAGCAGGCAUGUCCAGCAUCUUGGGUCGCAUGGCGUCAAAGAAACAGAAGAUGAGUACGCUGGAGAAGUCUAAGAUGGACUGGGAUGCUUUCAAGUCAGAGGAGGGCAUCACCGACGAGCUGGCCAUCCACAACAGGGGCAGAGAAGGGUACGUGGAGCGGAAGAACUUCUUGGAGCGCGUCGACCACCGCCAGUUUGAGAUAGAAAAAGCCGUCCGACAGAGCAACACAAAACAAUGACACAAAAGACUGAUGCAGCUCACACACACACACACACACACACACACACACACAGAGAGUGGAACAGAUGUGAAAGCUCCAUGUAUCUCGAUUUCUUUCUCUCCAAUGACGGUUUCGGCUCCCCCGGUGCAGUUGGCUCAAAGCGGCGGCUGGAGUCCAUUUCAGGACGAGGGUUUUAAUAGUGUGAGUUUGUAACGACGGGGUCGUUGAGUGUUUCCUGUGCUUCAUCCACACGAGAACCAAUUAGUGUCCACGCUUCACACAAAGAACUUUUUGUGGGGGAAGUGAGGUCCCUCUUGCGGCUCUUCUUCCUGACGGGGCUGAUUUAGGAGUCAGUUUUAGGGAUCAAGAAUACAUUCUAGUUUUGAUUAUUGUUGUGGUUUUGUCCAUUGUUUUAUUUUUUUCAUUUUCAUAUAACAUGGUACUUAAUUUAAGUGGUUACGAACUAUGACUAAAAUAUAACCCACGGUGAGGUAAACUGCUACCUUAUGGAGGAAGGACAGUUUGGAACGGUUCAGACAUCGGUCCUUCUCAGUUGGACUAUCCAGAAGGACGUCAAAGCACACGGAGAUGGGAUCUUUCAACAUAUCCACAUACAACGGAAGGUUACUCCUCAUCUUCCGUGUGGUUUUUCCUACUAAAGUCGGCAGAACACGUCGCCCGUUCGGUUCAGGCAACAAACCCAGUCGGUUUAGGAAGAGAAUGUUGUUUGGGUUCACUGAAGUUACGUUGAUGUCUCCUUCACACGAGGAACGUCCUGGCUGAAAGGCGCUGUUGGACGGACCGUUGUACUGAUUUAGUGUUGAUAUACGUCACUGGAUACAGUACGGAAACAUGUUGGGGUAUAUCUGUGAAUCACGGUGCAAUACUUGUAGCUCUUUGCUAUGAAUGCUUGAUGAGACCGGCCUGACUUUUCUAUGGGAACAAACUAAAAGCUGGAGAGGCCAACAGAAUAUGUUGAGAGCUUGAAAUUGCAUUGAAAUUCUACGCAUGCAGGCUUUAGAGGCAGGGUUGUUGAUCUUCAAAAACAAUUUGGCUAUUUUUUUAUUGAAAUUCUUAUUACAUCCCGACAGCAAUCAAUAAAUCAAAUGCUCUGACAAAACAAACCCGGCCUUUUUAUUCUGCCUGUGCAUUCAAUACCCGUCACCGGAGUCUUCCACAAGCUGCUAGCUUAACAGCCGGGAGUGCUAACAGCAGCCAUGUUGGGUGUUUGCCUUCAUAAUGAUAAUUUUUUGGGGGGGGGUGGCUUCAGAGGGAGACCUGAGACUGACAUGUCAGUGUUGCCGACUUGCCGACUUUCUCCCAAGAUUUAGCGACUUUGGUAGCUGGUGCUUCUAGAUACUUUCAAUGGAAAAGAGUUGGCAAUGCUGAAAUGUGUUUUUCGGGUUGGAUCAUUUAAAACAAUAUUGCGUACUCUUGCUAGUUUGUGAGGAUUACCAACCCUGCCUUUAAUCCGCUGACGGGGAAUAGAGGACGCUGUACCGGUCCAAUAUGUCCUUUUGGUUUGGUUACGUUCUUCCCAUGGUUGAGUUUUAUUGUUUUAAUGUUCAACCAAAAUCAUGUUUUAGAUGUCGUUCAUUAUGUUUUUGGGGGGUUGGUGUAAUGCCUUUUAAAUGUUAACAUGUUCAUACUUUGCAAACCAUCAUGGGACACCACUGACAUGCAUUCAUACGUUCAGGAGACACUGUGCCGGGACAUUGUACAGUGCACAGUACCGCUGAUCGAUACCACAACAGACGUCAAUCAAACGUCUUAUCCAUCAUAUCAGGAGGACCACAGCGACCGCCCGUCCCUCAGGUGCCGUUUGCUUCGUCCUGCCUGUGGACAAGCAUGGCGACGAAGCCCGAGUGAGAGGACGGAUGUCUCGUUGGUUUGAUCGUGGAGUCUUGGUGCAGCUGUUUAUUCGUGUAAAUAUUAGACGUUCAAUAAACACAAACGGAUCCUUUUUAAAUA